AUGAACCCGCAGUUUACAGAGGAGAAAAUCCGUAUGGCCAGUAAACAGGUGAAAACAAAACUGUACAAUCUAAAGUGGACUGCAUUUUGCCUCUUCAGUAUAAGAACCUAUUCAUUGGAAUAUGAUUCAAAGGUACAUGAGGAUGAUCACUAUAUAUUUGUUAAGUGUAAAGAAGUUGAGAAUUUUACAGACCUAGAGAAACUCUACCUCUACCUUCAGCUGCCUUCUGGUCUCAGCAAUGGAGAGAAAAGUGAUCAGAAUGCCGUGUCAUCUAGUCGGGCACAGCAAAUGCAUGCCUUUUCCUGGAUUCGAAAUACCCUAGAAGAACAUCCUGAGACUUCAUUGCCCAAACAGGAAGUCUAUGAUGAGUACAAGAGCUAUUGUGACAAUCUUGGUUACCAUCCAUUAAGUGCUGCUGACUUUGGAAAGAUCAUGAAAAAUGUCUUUCCAAACAUGAAGGCACGUCGUCUGGGCACAAGAGGCAAAUCUAAAUAUUGCUACAGUGGACUAAGGAAAAAAGCCUUUGUUCAUAUGCCAACACUGCCCAAUCUUGAUUUUCACAAAACUGGAGAUGGGUUGGAAGGAACUGAACCUUCUGGGCAGCUUCAAAAUAUUGAUGAGGAAGUUAUCUCUUCUGCUUGCCGUCUUGUGUGUGAGUGGGCCCAGAAGGUGUUAAGCCAGCCAUUCGACACGGUCUUGGAGUUAGCACGCUUCCUUGUAAAAAGUCAUUACAUAGGCACCAAGUCGAUGGCAGCUCUAACGGUAAUGGCAGCAGCACCACCAGGAAUUAAAGGAAUUACCCAGCCGUCUGCUUUUAUACCUACAGCUGAGAGUAAUUCUUUUCAGCCUCAAGUGAAGACUUUGCCUUCUCCUAUUGAUGCUAAACAGCAAUUGCAACGGAAAAUUCAGAAGAAGCAGCAAGAACAGAAACUACAGUCCCCUUUGCCAGGAGAAUCCUCAGGCAAAAAAGCAGAAGGCGCUACAACCAAUGGAGUGACUAAUCUUUCUAAUGGAAAUCCUGCAAUCCUUUCUCCUCAGCCUAUUGGUAUCGUUGUGGCAGCUGUCCCUAGUCCCAUUCCGGUCCAGAGGACCAGGCAGUUGGUAACUUCACCCAGUCCAAUGAGUUCUUCUGAUGGCAAAGUUCUUCCCCUCAAUGUACAAGUGGUCACUCAGCACAUGCAGUCUGUGAAACAGGCACCAAAGACUCCUCAGAACGUUCCAGCCAGUCCUGGUGGGGAUCGUUCUGCCCGGCACCGCUACCCUCAGAUCUUACCCAAACCAGCAAACACCAGUGCACUCACCAUUCGCUCCCCAACUACUGUCCUCUUUACUAGCAGCCCCAUCAAAACCGCUGUUGUACCCACUUCACACAUGAGUUCUCUAAAUGUGGUGAAAAUGACAGCAAUAUCCCUCACGCCCAGCAACAGUAGUGCCCCUCUUAAACAUUCUGCCUCAGUGAACAGUGCUACAGGAACAACAGAAGAAUCAAGGACCAUUCCACAGAUCAAGAAUGGUUCUCUUGUUUCACUUCAGUCUCCUGGAUCCAGGACCAGCAGCACCGGGGGAGCAUCUGCCGUGGAAGUCAAAAUGGAACCUGAAACAUCAUCAGAUGAGCAUCCUGUACAGUGCCAAGAGAAUUCUGAUGGGACUAAAGCUCCCAAAACAACACCUAGUGCCCUUUUGGGGCAGAAGAGUAAUACGGAUGGAGUAGUGCAAAAACCUUCAAAUGAAGGUGUCACUGAAGCAAAAGCAACCAAGGUCUGUGACCAGAGGACCAAAUGUAAAAGCCGCUGUACUGAAACUCUGCCAGGCGCUUCGACAGGCAAUAAUCCAAGCACUGUCACCCUCUCAGUUGCCACUCAGAACUUAACUUUCACCAGCACCAGCUCACCAGCUAAUGGUGACUCAAUAAAUAAAGACCCUAAAUUAUGCACUAAAAGUCCAAGAAAACGACUGUCUUCUGCACUGCAAGAGUCCCAGGUGCCUCCCAUAAAGAAACCAAUUGUGGAACAGCUUUCUGCAGUUAUCCUAGAAGGUCAGAAACCAGGCAGUGUUGAGAAGGACCAAAAGGUUCCACAUUCAGGGAAAAUAGAAAGUUCAACAGCCGGUGCUCAGAUUCCUAGCAAGGUAUCAAUGAAUGUCAGUUCGCACAUAGUGGCAAAUCGACUCUUGAGUUCUUCUGCUCUCAUUGCCGGUGAUUCAGCUUCAGAACAGCAAACACCAUCAUCAUCUCCAGAUAUAAAAGUAAAACUUGAAGGGAAUGUCUUUCUUUUGGACAGUGAUUCAAAACCAGAUGGCAGCUUUAAAUCAAAUGAAUGGCAGCAGGUCAGUAAGGAUUCUGAGUUUAUAUCUGCCGGCUGUGAACAACAGCAAGAUAUCAGUGUUAUGACAAUUCCUGAGCACUCUGAUAUCAAUGACUUAGAGAAAUCUGUUUGGGAAUUAGAAGGAAUGCCACAGGACACUUAUACCCAGCAGCUGCAUAGCCAGAUACAAGAAUCUUCUUUGAAUCAAAUACAAGCACAGUCUUCAGAUCAGUUACCUCUACAGUCUGAACUGAAAGAGUCUGAGCCUUCUGUUUCCCAAACAAAUGAAAGCUACUUUCCUUUUGAUGAUGAGCUUACACAAGAUAGUAUUGUGGAAGAGCUGGUGCUUAUGGAGCAGCAAAUAUCAACGAACAAUUCUCAUUCUUACAGUAACUGUUUGGGAAUGACCCUUCAGAGUCAGUCAGUAACUCCAGGAGCUCCAAUAUCAUCUCAUGCCUCCAGUACCCACUUCUAUCAUCCAAUCCACAGCAAUGGCACUCCGAUCCACACACCCACACCCACUCCUACCCCAACCCCAACCCCAACCCCAACCCCAACUCCAACAUCAGAAAUGAUUGCUGGGUCUCAGAGUCUGUCACGGGAGAGCCCUUGCUCCAGGCUAGCCCAGACCACACCUGUGGAUAGUGCUUUAGGAAGUAGCCGACACACACCCAUUGGUACUCCACAUUCUAACUGCAGCAGUAGUGUCCCUCCCAGCCCUGUUGAAUGCAGGAAUCCAUUUGCAUUUACCCCAAUAAGCUCCAGUAUGGCGUAUCAUGAUGCCAGCAUUAUCUCAAGUAGUCCUGUGAAACCGAUGCAAAGACCCAUGGCCACACACCCUGACAAAACCAAGCUUGAAUGGAUGAAUAAUGGGUAUAGUGGGGUUAGUAAUUCAUCAGUUUCUGGCCAUGGCAUUCUCCCAAGCUAUCAGGAACUAGUGGAAGACCGUUUCAGGAAACCUCAUGCUUUUGCUGUGCCUGGACAGUCUUACCAGUCUCAAUCCAGACAUCAAGACACUCAUUUCGGUCGCUUGACUCCUGUCUCUCCUGUGCAGCAUCAAGGUGCCACUGUAAAUAACACCAACAAACAGGAGGGUUUUGCAGUCCCUGCCCCUCUUGAUAACAAAGGGACUAAUUCAUCUGCCAGCAGCAACUUCAGAUGCCGGAGUGUGAGCCCUGCUGUUCAUCGCCAACGUAAUCUUAGUGGAAGCACCCUGUACCCCGUAUCUAAUAUCCCCCGAUCUAAUGUGACCCCCUUUGGAAGUCCAGUAGCCCCAGAGGCUCACGUUUUCACAAAUGUUCACACAGAUGCGUGUGCCAACAACAUAGCUCAAAGAAGUCAAUCAGUUCCAUUGACAGUCAUGAUGCAGACAGCCUUCCCGAAUGCUCUUCAGAAGCAAACAAACAGUAAAAAAAUAACCAGUGUCUUGUUGAGUAAACUUGAUUCUGACAAUGAUGACUCAGUGAGAGGUUUGGGCGUGAACAACCUGCCCUCCAAUUACACAGCCCGGAUGAAUCUCACUCAGAUUUUGGAGACUUCCACUGUUUUUCCUAGUGCCAAUCCGCAGAAUAUGAUCAAUUCCAGCACUUCUGUUCAUGAAUUCCAAACACCACCUUACCUCACUAAAAGUCAUAGCACCGAUCAGAUCAGCUUUUCUCCUGGAGAUAAUCAAGCACAAUCAGAAAUCGGAGAGCAACAGUUAGAUUUCAGUAGCACUGUUAAAGACGAUGAAGCUACACUGGAAGAAUUAAAGAAUGACCCAUUAUUUCAACAAAUUUGCAGUGAAUCCAUGAGCUCUAUGACUUCAUCAGGUUUUGAGUGGAUAGAAAGCAAGGACCAUCCUACUGUUGAAAUGUUGGGCUAAAUAGUAUUUUAUAAUAUGUAGCACACUGUAUCUAAAGACAUAUGUAUUGUAUUUGUCUUAAUGGAAGUGCCUCCCGCAGCAGAAACACUUAAUAUUAAUUGUGACAUUUUAAAAGAGUUUGCUGCAGAAGUGGUUUCUUCUUCAGUAGGAAAUGGUUAGACUUGCCUCAGUUCUUAACAAGUUUCUGAAGACAGUAGGCUGUAGAAGAGCAAGUAUUAGGUUUUAAAUUUUGUAAUGUUCCCCCAUUUAAUCACAUUGUUUGCUAAUAAACAACUGACUAACCAGCAUUUACAAGAGCAUUCUAGAUCUUUAUUUUGUGUAAGUUCAUUUUAAUUCAUCAGUUGAUCUGCACAGAAUGUAGAGGAAACCACUGAUUUUAGGUAUAGGCUAUUUUUUGUUGUUGUUGGCAUUAUCUUUUAGAUAUGAAAUCAUAGCUAAGGUAAACUGUAGACAAGAAGGUCUUCCUUGAAACAGGGAUAAUAUUCAGGUUAUUAUCGGUAUUUAGGCUUGAAGCAUAGAGCUACUGUAGAAUGAAAAAAAUCUCUGUAGGACUUUCUGGGAAUUCAGUACCAUUUGCACCUGCAUUUUGAAGGGCUUAAAUAGGAGAAAAUAAUGGAAAAUUAAAUAUUAAUUUAAGGAAAGCAAAAGCUGCACUAAAAUUUUUUAAAGGAAAAACUAGUAGCCAUUUAUAUUUGUGACCUUGCAUUAGUCUUAUUUUAAAAUUUGAUUUUUAAUAUGGAGCCAGCACACACAGAGACAUGCAUGUACAUGUGUGCACACGCACACGCACAAGUAAAAUAACUCCAAAUAUUGCAAUUUAAUAGAAUAAGUACAAGCAUGUUAGAAAAAUACUUUAUGUUUUAUUAUUUGGUAGUUGAGAUAGGGGAAUUUAGAAGGAAAAUAAAAGCAUUUCCUUAGUUUCAUCACAACGGCUACAUGCAUAUAUAAAAAUACUACUUAAGAUUUAAUUUGAAGUUUUUAAUUAUAAUAUUCCUAAGUCCUCAAUUUAGUGACUGACUCCUUCACUCCUGAAUAUAGUAAUACAAGUUGAUCAUGGGAUCCCUUUGAAAAACAAAUAAACCGGAGGGAGAUAACAUAAAAAAACAAACAAAAAACAUUUCACCACCUGAGGUCUGAAGCCACAAAUCUUUACGUCGCUGAUAAAACAAAGGGGAUAUCAAUAGUACUUGAAGAAGAGGAGCAUUUUAUUACAUGCUUAAUUUAUUUAUUGUGAUAACCACAGUUGCAAAACAAGCACUCAGGAUGUGUUUUAAAAUGUUUCUCUGUAUGGCUCCCAUUUUGUUUUAUGAAUAAUUAUUUAUGAAUUUCUUGUUGACACAAAUCUGCUCACUAGUUGACAGCUCCAUCUGAGUGAAUUUAGGAUUACUUUCAAAUAGACUUAAAAAUUGCCAUUAAGUUUUUAAAGCUAACAUUAAACCAUUGCUAUGCUACCUUGAACCUAGCUAGCUAAGCUUUCCUUUACCUUAAUUAGUAAGCCAAUCAGAAGACUACAAUCAAUGAAUAUUUAACAAAUGUGAUGAAGGGUUUAAUUUAAUAAGGUUUAAAUGUUCAAUAAAUUUGCAAGGUAGGGUAUUAACAUAUUUUGAUAAAUAAACGGUGCUAGGGUUGGCUCAGAGGUUUAUAUAUUGAUAUGUCUUAGUUAUUGGCAUUUGUGUGUGUUUGCUGUUAUCUUGAUUUAAUGAUCUGUUAGAUAUUUUUUCUUGAUGCUAGUUACUUCUUCACUGUACACUGAGACACAGCACUACUGCACACCAAAGUAUGCAAUACCCAAAGGAAACUGUGUGAUUUCUUUUAACAAAUGAUGGGAGCCUUUCUAUACGAGAUACUCUGAAAAGGAGAUUUUGAGGCCAUUCUAAUCCCUUGUUUACAUUAUUAGCUUCCUACUAAUAUAAAAAUAAUGGAAAUCUUUUUUUAUAAAAAUAUAAAGACUGGAGGAUUUUUAACCCUCUGUACAGUAUUGCAGCAAACACUUUAAAUUUGGUUGAAUUCGUCCAGCAAACUUCCUGGGGUUCAUAUAUUGCACUAAAUUUGUUGAACCUGUGGUAGGCACAUCUCUUAGGAUAAAUGCAACCAAUACAAUCCACAGAUUAAACUUUUUAAAUGUGUUUCAUUAUGAAAAGACAAAAUGUCAUCAAAGUGACAGAUAAAAUUGUCUUAUGUAGCAAUGUGCAUUGAUCUCAAUGAGAUAUUUCUAUUUCUUAUUCUCUUACAUGAGAAUAUUACAGCAGGAAGAAUUAAGUUUAGUUUGCUUCACCAUGUUAAUACAUGAUCACAAAAUGUGCAUGAGUGUUAUUGACUUAUCUUGUACAGUACUAGGUAUUCCUGUAACCACUUUUUUUUCCCCCCUUGGCUGUAUUAAAGCUGGUUCAGUGUUAACCAGGCAAGCAUAGUUAUUCACAAGUUAUUACUUUUUUAUGUUUACUAAUUCUGCUUAGUUAUUGUUGAAUAUGUUCUUUUCUCAAAUUAUUUUCAUUGUUUUCAUGUUUAAAACAUUUUUCAUACUGUUUAUCAUGAUAAGACUUCAUGAAGUAAAUAAUUUUGCAUAUAAUUGCAAUAAGCACUGACUUUUGAACUGAAAAGAAGGAAAGUUUUUUUUUUUUUUUUUUGUGCAGUGCAUCUGAGGUUCAUAUAAUAGUCUUGUACUAUAAUGUGCUUUACUACACCAUAAAUGACAAAAAACAA